UCAGUGGUUGUUUAGCAGUAUGAGUUCAUUUCGGUAAUAAUUAUUUUAUGUUGUUCUUAAUUAAUUACAAUAGUAUUUAGUUGAUUAGUUCAAAAUUGGCUGUUUCUCCUGGAAACUAUAGAACAUAAAUGAACCAUGUUUAAUACAAAAGACAGCGAAAGAAACAUUCUAUUUAAUAUACCAUCCACGUCACAAACAUCAGCCUGUCCACCAUUGCGAUCGAAUAUUUCCGACAACAGUACAAUUCAUGAAGUAAAUACAGUUCUUAAUCCGAAUAAAAUGCCUACUCCAGUUUCUAAUUCAAGACAGCAGGAGCCAAACAAAAUAUCCGCUACAGGUUUUUGUAAUUCAGACGCGGUAAGUGAUUUGGCAGAACAAUGCAAUGUCUUGAAUAUAAGCAGCGAUGAAGACGAUGACCAAAUAUCUAAUCCAAAUUCUCCUAAAAAGAAAAACGUUAGAAAAAGAGCGAAUUUACAGUUAGAAAUGCCAUUGGAUGGAACUUCUGCACCAAUACAAUCGGCACCAGCCGCUCCGAUGCACGGCGGUCAGUCAUCAGUUCACGAGCUUUUCCUAAAACAAAUUACCCCAUUAUAUGCAAGUACAAGUACAAGGUAUUUAGAAAACCUAGCUAAUAACCCACAGUUCCAUUUAAUGCAAACAAUGUACAUUCGAGACAUGGUUCAAUACCAUUAUUUUCCAUCGAGUGUACCGAAUACACCACUGUUGCAACAACCCCAUAAUUCCACAUCUCCAGUUUAUUCAUAUCCAGCCUUGCCGCAACAGCAGAAUAUUCCUCCAAAAUUUUUGCAAAAUGUGUUGCAACAUCCUCUGUUGAAUAAGAAUUUUGUAAAUGUGAAUCAUCACAACUAUAAUCAGAAUCAUGUGGUUCACCCACCCAUGCAAAUACCUGCUGCACAGAAUAAUUCACCAAAACGUAAGAGAAGCAGACGACAUAGAAAUAAAGAACAGGAUGGUGACAAAUCUUUUGAUCCUUACAUAUCUGCAGAAGAGGUAGAGACAGGUUUAAAAAAUAACAUGCUUCUUGAGGGAGUGUUAAGAAUAAACCCUAAACAGUUUCAACAUUCUUAUGUUUCGAGUAUGGAUAAAAGUGAACAAGACGUUUUAAUAGAUGGUAUUAAGAAUAGAAACAGGGCCUUGGAAGGUGAUGUUGUUGUUGUGCAAUAUAUUGAUAAUAAUAAUGAAGAAAAUGAUGAUGAAAAUAAACAAAAGAAAGGAAAGGUAGUGUACAUAAAGGAGAAGGUCCACAAUAGAACAUGUAUAGGAGUUUUAAAACUGAUGGCAGAUAAAAAUAGACAGAAAGCACUGUUUGUGCCCAGAGAUCACAGGAUGCCACGUCUAAACAUACCAUUUACAUGCUGGCCAGACAACUUUUAUCAAGAUGCAAAAAAUUAUGAAAACACUUUGUUUUUAGCUAAAAUUUUAGAAUGGUUUGAUACAAGAUUUGCUUUAGGUCAUAUUGUAUGUAACAUAGGACAAUCAGGUGACAUGCAAUCAGAAACUAAAGCUAUUCUAGCACAAACAGACUUAGAUAUCAAACCUUUUGGACAAGAAGUUAGACACUUAUUUCCUCGCCUCGAUUAUACUAUACCGGAUGAAGAAAUCACACUGAGGGAAGAUUGCAGAAAAUUGUGCAUCUUUAGCAUUGAUCCUUUUAACUGUCGUGAUAUUGAUGAUGCUGUUUCAUGUAGGGAACUAGAAAAUGGGAACUAUGAAAUUGGAGUUCACAUUUCAGAUGUUGCUCAUUUUCUUACUGAGAACACACUGCUGGAUGAGAAAGUGGCUGAGAAAGCCACAACUAUUUACAUGGUAGAGAGAGCCUACCACAUGUUGCCAGAUGAACUCUGCAUGUUGUGUUCACUGUUUCCUGGAGUAGAUAAACUUGCGUUCUCUGUGUUCUGGGAAAUUACUCAAAAUGCUCAAGUGAUAAGUCAUAGAUUUGCAAAAACAGUUAUAAACUCCUGUUGCCAGUUAGCCUACGAUCAUGCACAAGCUGUCCUUGAAAAUCAGGAGGAUGCAGAAAAAACCUUUCCGGAAAUAUACAAUGGCUUCAAAUAUCAGGACGUUUUUAAUACUAUUCAAACACUAGGUAGAAUAUCUGCUAUUUUUAGAAAAAAUAGAUUUGAUGGAGGUGCAUUACGUAUAGAUCAACCUAAAGUUUCAUUUCAUUUAAAUCCCACAAAUGGCUUGCCAGAUGAUUACUGGAUUUAUGACAGUAAAGAAAGUCAUCAGCUUAUCGAAGAGUUCAUGCUUCUCGCAAACAUGACUGUCGCUAAAAGAAUUCAUGAAGACCACCCUAAGCUAGCAUUUUUAAGGUGUCAUCCACCACCUAGUACUUAUAUGCUAAAUCAGCUUGCUAAAUCACUGAAACCAAUGGGCAUUGACAUUGAAAUUUCAUCUGCUGGUGAUUUGCAUAGGUCAUUACUGCCUUACAUGAACCCAGAGAAUGCAGAUCGCGGUAAAGCGAUGGUCCUUAAUAUGCUGUGUGCUAAGCCAAUGACUAGAGCAAAGUAUUUCUGUGCCGGUGGUUGUGAGGAUGAUGAAGAUUUUCAUCACUAUGCAUUGAAUGUUCCACUUUAUACACAUUUCACAAGUCCAAUUAGGCGCUAUGCUGAUAUAAUGGUCCAUAGGUUAUUAGCUGCAAGCUUAAAUUAUAGGGAUGUACCACGGUGGGAAGUUGACAAAGUGCGCAUGGUGGCUGCGCAGUGCAACAAACAGAAGUAUAAUGCCAAGAAGGCAGGAGAGUUGUCAACUGAACUGUACACACUGAAAUACAUUGAGAUGAAUUCACCGCUGGUCACUGAAGCUGUUGUAGUUGAAGUCAGAGAAAAGUACAUUGAUGUAAUAAUAGUUGCUAUGGGAUUGAACAGAAGAAUUUUCUUUAAUAAUGAUUUCCCAGGCGAGCAUAGAUGUAUAAAAAAUGAUGCUGGUGUUAAAUUAUCAAAAAUGAAAUUGAAGUGGCACCCAACUGAAAAAUCGCCUGCCGUCGAACAGGUUAUUGAAGUGUUCUCCAUUCUACAAGUAGAAAUGCACAAAGGCGACGAUAUGGUUAAAGUAGAGACGAAGCUUGUAAGACCGAAUGUGUAGUGUGUUUUAGACCUAAUGCAUACAUCCCAAUUUUGUCCUAGACCGAUUUUUAACAGACAAUAGUGUCAAUUCACAUGUCUUUCUAUAAACUAUAAAUUUGGAGUAUCUGCAUCCUUUUUAGGGUUUCGUACCCAAAG